AUGGCCAGCUUAGCAUCGCUCCUCAAUCCCGAGAACCGCCCGCCGUCCCCAGCGCAGCCCGCACUUGCGCGCGACCCAGCUCGUUCCUCGAUGCAGGUCUCGACGACAACGCACGAAGCCGCGCAGGCCCUCGCCAGUCUUUCCACGAGCCCGCCGCCGACGCAAUGGAGCGGCAGUAGUGUGCAGGACGGCGCGAGCCUUGAGCGCAAGCGAUCGUGGGAGAGACGAGCCAGUGCGCAGCUCCCCGUCCCUGGCGACUUGACGCGAAAACCGACUUCGCCGACGCUGGAGCAAUUCCACGCCGCGUCGCGUUCACCGGACCACCGACGCCUUUCUGCUGCCUCGCCGCAGCCCUCCAACAUUGUUCUUCCGCCCAUCCAGGAUUUCGCACCGCCGAAGACCACCGCCACCGAUCUACUUAAGCGACAACCCCACAGCCCGCCUCCAUCUGGCGCUCUCAUGGCGGCCUCAGAGGAUCAGUCUGCUUCGCCUGGAGCUCCGAAUGGCGCAAAUUCUUCUGCCGCGAUUGGGUCUCCUUCCACCAACAACUCCGCCGCCGUUCCCUCGAUCAUGUCUCGACCUCAAGAUACAUCGUCCGCAGCAAUGGACAGCACCUCGACCUUCCAAAGUACGUCUCGGGAUGACACUCGUCCUGGGCUCGAGGCCGACGGCCACGCACAAAAGGCAGUGACUACGCUCAAAUAUGAACACACUCAACAACAUGCAAAAUCUCCGCUUCGCGAGUCCUCGAUACCAGUGCCGUCUACGGAAGAUCCGACCAAGGAGGAAACGGCUGCGGCAUCUCGGAAGCGCCCAGCUCCUACAAAGAAGAAGGGCACAGCUUCCACGGUGAAGAAGGAGAAAGCACCACCAGCGAAGAAGAGAAAACUUGAGACAAAGCGAGCAGACACGCCCUCUUCACGUGCGUCAAAAACCGCUGCUGGAAAGGUCGCCAGUGCUAAAGGAACGCCGAUCAAUUCGUCUCCCGCUCCUUCCACCCGAUCAUAUUCGGCAGAUCCGCAGGAAGAGCUGGAUGAUGAUGACGACGACGUUGACGAUGAGGGGCGAAGCCAGGACGGCGACCUGUAUUGCAUCUGCCGGAAGCCAGACAGUGGCGAGUUCAUGAUAGGUUGUGACGGCACUUGUGAUGAUUGGUUCCACGGCAAGUGCGUCGGUGUUGCUGAGCGGGACAAGAAUCUCAUCGACAAAUAUAUCUGCCCAGCGUGCACCAAGGCUGGCGUUGGUCAAACCACGUGGAAGCGCAUAUGUCGGCGGGGCGACUGUAGACGCCCUGCAAAAGCCGGGAAGACCAAGAGUGGUAGCCACAGCAGUAAGUACUGCUCCGAGGAGUGCGGAGUGCUCUAUUUUCGGGAAAUGGCGGGGAAGAGCCGGGGCGCAGGAGACAGUGCAAGUCGUCGAGCAGCACGUAGAAAGGGCAGCCUGGAUACAUCAGACAGACACGAUGAGGAUCUCGGGGCUCGAGGAGGUGCAUUGGCCGCUGGCGAGGUCAAGGCGUUGUUGAACGCAUCCAACACGGUCGACGAAUUCCGCAAACUGGGCGAUGGCGUCCUCAGCCCUCCUGCUACCCCGGAGGCCGAUGACGCGAAAGAUGUGCCGCAGUACACGGAGUCAGAAGCACGAGACCUGGCUCGUAUCGAAUCAGAAAAGGAGCAUGCUCGACAGCGACAUGCCUUACUCAAAGACCGCAUGAAGUUUGUCACUCUGGCUAAGCAGGCAGCAAGUCGCGUUGCGACGGAGAAAGAGCUGAAGCCGAAAGAGUAUUGCGGAUAUGAUCCUCGGAUUGAGUGGAGCGAAGACCAAUUUCAGGAGUGGCGCAACAGUAAGGCUGGUCAACAGGCAUUCAACACAGAUCUGUUGGUCACCGGGCAGGGUCCAGAUGGGGACGACAUGGUGGAUGAGGAAUUGUCGGUGCCAGAGAUCUGCGAUCGAAAGAAGUGCGCACGGCACAUGGAGUGGAGCAAGCUGGCUGUUGAUGAUCUCCGCUUCGAGACGAGUGACAAUGGCGAUCGAAUGCGUUCGCUGGAUCGCGAGGAGCAUGACAUCAAGGACCGUGUGGCACGUCGGACCAAGAGCGGCGGAGGCAACAACGGAGGCACUGUAGAAGUGCAUGGGUCAGGUCCUGCCGAGAAGCCUGUCGAGAAUGGUGCAGCGGUUGACGUUGAUCAAAAGCCUGCAGGCGAUCUCGAGGCUGUUGUCGAGACGUCAACAGAGGUAGUCCCAACCGUCGAGGCCGGAGAUGAGAUGGACAUCGACGUGGCAUAG